CCAUCUUCUCUAUGAAGAAGCUCAAAUUCACACAAACUUUUCAAGAAAGGAAUAAAGGCAACUCAAGUAUUGCACGAGGCUUGCAACCAAGGAGAAGCCCGCCGGCUUUUCCUUUCCUUCCCGCUUUGUACAAAACAACAACAUAUAUAUUCAUCCAUAUAUCUUAGUCUGUGGCUCUUAUUCGCGCCUUAUCGAUGCCUCCUCUCGCGCGCUAGCGAUCCAAUUGUUUGAACGCAUGCAUCCAAGGAUCCUGUCAUGAUCAUCAGCAGCAGCGGCGGCGGCGGCGGCGGCGGCGGGAGGAGAGGAGCCUACAGCUGCAAGGAGAGCUGCCAUGACGGCCACUGCCUACCUCCUCCUCACUCUGCCAAAUGCCUCUGCCUCUACCUCUUCCUCUCGCUGACCCUCUUCGUCGUCGUGGCGUCCGUGCUGAUCACCGUCUUCGCCACGAGGCUAAAGAAGCCGACCUUCAACCUGCAAUCCAUCCAGAUGGACAGAUCCUUCAGCAUCCGGUCUUCGUCAUCGAACUAUAGCGGCGACGGCAACGAGACUUCGUCAUGCUCGGUGGCGUCGCUGCUGUUCGCGGCGCAGAACCCCAACGGGAUCGGGAUAAGGUACAGCGCAGUGGACCUCGGCGUGGCCUACGCCAACGAGUCCGUGGGCGCCAUGGACGUGCCGACCUUCUACCAGCCGCCGCGGAGCAGCAACGUCACGGUGCUCAUGCACGCCCUUUUCGAGGAGUCCAACGUCAGCCGGCUCGUCGUCAGCGAGCUCUCGGCGCAGCGGAUGCGCGUCGAGAUCAGGAUCGCCGGGAGCAUCGACGCCACCACGCACUUCAUGAACUUCCAGCUGCCAAAACUUCAGUUUACGCUCGAUUGCACGAUAGCAACUAACUACACCGAUUUAGUGCUCCGGGAAGGGAUCGAUUCUGUGACUACACGCAAGGCUCUUCAAGUAUCUACGAUGCCUCCUAUCUCACAGAAGUGUUCUAUAAAGCUUCACAUGAGGUCAAGGGCGAAGAGGACAAGGCUUACAGAUUUAGGAUGCUGACCAAACUCUGACAGUUUCUUUUACCGUUGCAUAGUUUAGCUACUUUCCACUUAGAAAUGUUCUUUACUCCAUCCUUUCACGUUGUGUGAUGUAAAUACAUGACAGUAUGUCUUGUAUAUGAAGUAAUUUACAAAUUGAUGACUAAAGCAUCUCUUAAUUAA